AUGGGGUCUGCCUUCCAACAAUUGUGGGGCGAACAUGAAUUGUCCAACACAAGUGCCAGUGUCAUGUACCAAACUGUGGGUGACUCAUGGGGAGCCUUGCACAAACAUGUAGAGGGUCAACAUGCCUUUGGUGUGGCGUUUUUCGAUAUGCCAAUGGAGGAAUUACGAUUGGAUGUCAUGGCCUUGAAACAAGCCUUGAAGAAACGGAAAAAGGUGGUAUAUGAUUACACCGUCAAGGUGAAGCAAUCUCGAUCACUUCAAAAUCAAAUGGACAAGUUAAAGCAAGUGCCAGAUCUCAGUGCAAUUGCAGAGAAAUACUACAAGGUGGAACACUACCUCAAGGCCAAAGACUUGGAAGUGGCCGAAGCCAGGCAACUGAGCGAGACCAUGGGCUUGAGAUUGACCAGGGUCAUUGAGCGAUACACGAUUAUCACACGGCACAGGCCAGGUAUCUGA